GCUGGGCAAAGCACCAGUGACCUACGCAGGCGGCUUGCGAGAUGAUGAUCCAUUGAUAUGCUUCAAGCACAAGUACUUGGAGACGAUUGGUGCUUUGCCCACGCGGCCGCGACCGCUGAAUGCGCCUUCUCGAAAGAAGCGGCUUGUUUACCUCGAGAUUGCAGAGAUUUUGCUGCGAAA